GUCGGGAGGCGGUAGGUUACCGUUGUGAGCGAUCGGAAGAUCGGAUUUAGACGAAGAGUCAUUCGUCGGGAGGCGGUAGGUUACCGUUGUGGGCGAUCUGAGGAUCGGGCUUUAGACAAAUAGUCAGAAGGCAGUAGAUGAGUGGGGGUGCUGGUAGAGCCAGGGGAAGACAACGCCCUCGCGACGAGUUUGGGCGAUUUGCGCCAAGGGUUGAUCAAGCAAUUGUAGGUGGUAUCGUCGAAACCCUAAACCCGAGUAACCUUGUGCGAAGGAACGGGAGUCGAGUGGACGACUGUGUAGGUGAGCCAGGAGGAUUAUCCGAGUGGGAAGACCGUACACGGGUAAUAACGAGAGUAAGUAAUUUGGGGCAACAUCAAGCUAGUAUUAGCGAGGAGGAAACUCUAGCGUGGGCGGACGGCGAGGACAGCUCUGAUUCUGAAGACAGUGAAGAGGGAGUAAAGUGGGAUUUUGGCGCUUUUCAACGGAGAUCUUCGGUUGCAAGCGCUCGAUUGUUACGCGGCAGGUUAGCGAGGAAUUCUGUUGUGUCCGCGGCAGUCGCCCCCCUCAAUACCGUAGGGAUGGCAGCCCAAAUCAAAUUCCAGACUCCACCCACAUUCACCGGUCGGGAUGGGGAAGACGUAGUGAGUUGGAUCCAUCGCUACGAAAAGGUGGGUAGAUACAACCGAUGGGGUGAAAACGAGUUACGGGAUCACAUUGAGCUGUCAUUAGAGGGGGCUGCGGGCAAAUGGUAUGCGUGCAUGGAGGCAACGGGCAAUCUUCCCAAUGCGUGGUCGGACGUACAAGGGCCCCCGGUGGUCAGGGGAAUUAAAUCGACACUGUUGACACAGUUUACGCCCGUAAACUAUGUGCGACAUAACGAGGCCAAAUUGCGUGCGAGGAAGCAGGGAAUUGAGGAAUCGACCCUGGAGUACUACUACGACGUGCUUGAUCUGUGCAGGAGGGUAAACGCGCGUAUGGCCGAAGCCACGAAGCUAGCGUAUCUCUGGCAGGGGUUGAGACCCAGUGUACUAGAACAAUUAUGGAGCUUAAAGCCCACUAACUGCGAUGAGUUCCUCCAGGAAGUAAAGCGCUUCCAGGAGAUGACCGAUCGAGGGAAGCAAUACGAGUGGGCUAUGGGAGUUAUGGGAAGGGGGAAAGACCCCCGCAUGACCAAUCGCAGCAAGAUGCAACGGUAG